AUGAUGAUUCAAAUAGCUACAGACAUAUGGGGAAGGGGAGGAGGAAAUGGCGAACGAAUCGACGUCCGAAUGCUGACUCAAACGGUAAAAGAACAGGGUCAACCGUGGAUAGCAGAGGAGAGGGAGGAGAGGGCAGCUCCAAAAAAUGUUCAAUUGCUCUUUUCUUUAACUUGCAUACAAAUACCAGGGUUUUAUUAUGACCCAGAGAAGAAAAAAUACUUCAAAAUCCAGCCUAAUCAAUUCUCCAGCCUAGGACAUACCAUAACAAAACAGAACAUAGAAAAGAAAGCAAAGGAGGUGAAAAGGAAAGAAAACCUUAACAGACAGACAGACAAAUUGCAUACUCACCAUUUCCUUGACUUAAUAAGCAGACAGGAGAUAGGAAGCCUCAGUAAUUGUCAAUUUCAGAGAUAUUUCAUUCAUAAGAGAAUAUCUUGCAUUGAUAAUAAUUCUACUCAGACAAUAGUUGUGCCAUCAAUUCAUGGAAUUGUGGAACAUCCCAAAGUGAUGGGAUUAAAUUCAAACUCUGAUAAACUUAUAUCUCUGUGGGAUCUUACAAGUAGUUUAGCCAAGUUUAUAAAUAUCGCAGAUGUUUCAAUGGCUAAUUUUGGUGCUAUAGAAAUCGAUUUUGAAAAUUCAGAUCUGAGUUUAUGUGCUGGCGCAUCUAGUAUUUUUUGGACAGAGAAAAAGAAAUCUCUACCCCUUCAUUUGUUGUAUACCACAGUGCCUUUCAUUGGUAACACUAGCAGCACUGCGUACAUUUGUAAGGUCUCUAAUCAAGGCAUGUGUGGGACCCCAAUUUCUUACAGUAUUGGCCAGAAAUACAUUUGGUGUUGUGCUCUGGACUCAGACUAUAGGAGGUUCUGUAUUGGAUGUGAGAAAGGGGCCCUACUUAUAGAGGUAGAAACCCGCCGACUCUGGGAAAUCUACUCACAUAAAAGUGAUGUGUUCAGUACGACAUUCACCCAUCAGAAUCCCUGUCUCCUGUUUUGUGGCAACAUGAAGGGGCAUAUAUUGACCCGGGACACUCGGAGCCACCCAGGUCGAACAUUCACUGAGCUGAAAAUGAAAGGCCUUGUGACAAGUCUACAGCUGACACAAGAUGAUGUCCAUCUCUUAGCCAAUGAUGCACUUGGAAAUGCAUUACUUUGGGAUCUUCGGAUGAAGAAAGUAGUGGUGGAAUACAGAGGCAUGAAAAAUGAGGGUACACGCAUCCCUGUCCACAUGGAUGUUUCAGAGGAGUUAGUUUAUGGAUGUGAUUUAGAAGGCUACACAAGGUUUUGGUGUAAGAACUCAGGACGACUCCUUAGAACCAUUCCUUCUCCAGUGCCCUGUUCCUCAACAUGUGUACCAGUGGUUUUGUAUUCUGAUAGAUGGGGAAACAAAGCUGGCAACUCUGCACUGCUGUUAGGAUCCGGCAACAAGUUGUACAUAUAUAAAGUGUGAACAGCUGUUAGGAUCAAGCAGCAAGGUUUUCUUGUAUAAAGUCUGAUUUGCUGUUACGAUCAGGCAAAAAGUUAUAUAUGUAUAAAGUUUGAACUGCUGUAAGGAGCUGGCAUCUACUGGUAAUCAUUAAAGUAUAAAGUCCGUACAGCUUAAAGUCUGAACUGCAGUGAGGAGCUAGCAAUAACUUACAAGUUUGUAUCUGUAUGACGUUGGAACAUUAAACAAGAACAAGUUUUAUUUGUAAAAAAUUUUAACAUCUUACCAAAAUAUAGUGAUUUGUUUUA